CUUGGUGAACAGCGACGGUGGUUGUUUUCAUCAGCGCCGUCGUCGUUCAACCGGCGGAGAAGCGGAUCGGUUAUGCGGUCGUAGGUUCCACUCGCAGCCGUCGAUGAGGCUCCAACAGUCGUUUGUAACGUGAUUCGGGAUAAAACAUAUAGGUGAAGCAUAGGCGAGCAUAGCCGCGGUUCUGAGGGUUGGUAUGAUGGAGGAGAAGAAGGAGGAGGGGGAAGCGGAGAUCCAGGAGCACGGCCCCGAACACUGGUUCUCCAAAUGGGAGCGGCAGUGCCUGGCUGAGGCCGAGCAGGACGAGCCAAACGAGGAGGAGACCGACCAAGGCCAGCAGAAACUGUGGCACCUUUUCCAGAAUUCCGCCACCGCCGUCGCACAGCUGUAUAAAGAUAGAGUUUGUCAACAACAGGGGAUUUCUUUGUGGAUCCCUUUUCAAAAUGCUGCUACUGCCGUUACCAACCUCUACAAGGAGAGCGUGGAGGCCCACCAGAGAAACUACGAGCUAGGCAUUCAGAUCGGCCACCAGAGACGGAACAAGGACGUGCUAGCCUGGGUGAAGAAGAGGAGGCGGACCAUCCGGCGUGAAGACCUCAUUAGCUUCCUGUGUGGCAAGGCCCCGCCCCCACGCAGCUCCAGGGCUCCGCCCCGACUUACCAUGGUGUCGCCGAGCCGGCCUGCGUCCUCAGAAACUAGCUCGUCUGUGGAGACGGACUUGCAACCUUUCAGGGAGGCCAUUGCCCUGCAUGGCCUAAGUGGUGCCAUGGCGAGUAUCAGUAUGCGCUCUGGAGCUCCUGGGUCGCCCACCCAUCUGAGCACCAGCUCUGCCCCCGGGCGCCGUAGAAACGGUCUCCACGAUGUUGACCUCAACACCUUCAUUGCCGAGGAGAUGGCGCUCCACCUAGACAACGGCACUCGGAAACGAAGUUCCGCCCAGUGCAGUGAUGUCAUCACAGACUCGCCCACCCACAAACGCAAUAGGAUGAUCUGAGCUCAUGUGUGCACAAACAAAAAAAUUAAAUAAACACAAAAAUUAAAGAAAAAAAAAGCCACUCGUCAGUCAUCCUCCCAUCUUAACUCUUGACCAGGAAACAAUAGCAGCCAAUAGAAGUGCUUGCUCCAGUCUAGCGCUUUGUCUGAUUGGUCUAGAGAGUUCAGUGAGUUCAACAGUGGGAUGUGGAGCUCAGUGCAGAGGCCGAAGUGCCCUUCCAUGUGAUUAUGUCUACAUACACACACCCCUCAUUCAUCUGGUUCUGUUUGUGUGUUUGGAUGCAUGUGUGUUGCAUUAAGACUGAACUGACCGGAAAACGAAAAAUUAUACUUUUUUUUUUUUGUGUGUGUGUGUGUUGAGCGUUGUGUUUAGGUUGUACGAGUGUUGGAGUAAUUGUUAGUUGCUAUGUUUGACCUGUGUGUUUUGUGCGUGAAUGAGACCAUAUUGAAGUAUGGUUGGCGUAAACGUCCAUGGCAGUACGAGAUCCAGUAUGUCGAAAUGUUUGUCUAUGUAUGUAUGUAUGUUUAUUUUUGUGUGCGUGCGGGACAAUUUGCAAGUGUUCUGACGUUAAGGUGAGUGUGCACGAGAGAUUGUAAGGCAUGUGUGCGUGGUACCUGUCUCCUCCAACAGCGCCUGUCACUGCCCCGGCUCUCAGCUACCACACUGCAGCUUAAAGAGCAACAAAGGUUGUGUGUUGUGUGUGUUUUUUUGUUUUGUUUUGUUUUUUGUUUGUUUUGUUUUGGUUUUUUUGGUUUGUUUUUAAAAAAAAAAAUAUUACCAUGUUAUUUGUAAUUUUUUUGCAUUUUUGCUGCUCUAGUAGCAGGCACAAGUGCUCUGAUAGCUGCACUUACUGUUGAGCACGACCCUGAAUCACUUUUAUUUUCUUCUCCUUUGAAGCUCAUCAUACUUCUUGUGCGUUCAUCCCAUCAUCCCCCUCUCUCUCUCUCUCUCUCUCUCUCUCUCUCUCUCUCUCUCUCUCUCUCUCUCUCUCUCUCUCUCUCUCUCUCUCUCUCUCUCUCUCUCUCUCUCUCUCUCUCUCUCUCUCUCUCUCUCUCUCUCUCACCCCCCAGCGCCUUUGUCUCCAGUGUAACAUUAUGUAAUGUAAAUAACUGUAGGUGCUGACAUAGACUUGUGGUACAUAUUGUAAAAAAGAGCUGUGCAGAGACCAUUGAAUUGUUAAUGUACAAUAAUGAUUCUUGCAUUAAAGAAAUCAAGCUUUUAACUA